AGACGUGGGUUUGGAAAAAUCAGAAGCUAGUAGCGCUUAGCUGGACGCUCAGCGGGGGAGCCAAGAAAAGUCCUCCAGUUUUAUCUUACCAGAUACCUGGAUAUACUUUUGUAAUAUAUAUAUAUAUACUUAUACACAUAUAUAAAUUUUAAAAAUGUCUCCCUCAGUGUCCACUCGCUACUUCUCGGAGCAAGAAGUUGCGAGACACUGCACGAAGGAGUCAUGCUGGGUGCUGGUGGGGACGCGGGUGUACGAUGUGACCAGCUUCUUGCGGAUGCACCCGGGCGGAGAGGCGCUGAUUUUACGCCGCUCUGGGAGCGACAUCAGCCAGCAGCUGGACGGACCUCCGCACCGGCACUCGGAGAACGCGCGGCGGUGGCUGGAGCAGUACUACAUCGGUGAUAUCGACAAGGACUGCACACAGAUUCACACAGAGACACUAAGACAGAGGGGAAACAAGCCAGUAGCUCCAGAUGGUACAGAAGAAGAAGCUUCAGCCAUCAGCAAAUGCAACAAAGUAGACGAUGAAACAGAUCUGGUGGACUGGAGGAAGCCCCUUGCCUGGCAGGUGGGAUAUUUGGGAGAGAAAUAUGACGCCUGGGUCCAUCAGCCUGUUGAUCGACCCAUUCGUCUCUUUGAGUCUGACUUCUUUGAAGCUAACACCAAGACCCCAUGGUACAUGGUGCCAGCUGUGUGGAUGCCUCUGGUUAUUUACUUUAGCUGGUACGGCUACAGCUUGUUGGCACAAGGAAGCACUAGACUGUGCAUUACAUCAGAGUACUCCUUUUUGAUCCACAAGUACUGGUUCCCAUUCAUCUUCCUGCUGGGGAUGUUCCUGUGGUCCUUUGUCGAGUACUGCAUCCAUCGCUUCCUGUUCCACAUGCGCCCUCCAGCCCAUAACUAUUACCUCAUCACACUUCACUUUCUCCUCCAUGGUCAACACCAUAAGUCUCCAUUCGAUGGCUCUCGUCUGGUGUUCCCUCCUGGCAUAGCAUCAGUCGUUGUAGGGGCAUUUUACCUGCUUCUGCGUCAUCUACUGCCAGAGGGUUUAGGCACAUCUCUGUUUGUCGGUGGUCUAUGUGGUUAUGUGGUCUAUGACAUGAUCCACUACUACUUGCACUAUGGUUCGCCACGCAAGGGAUCCUACCUGUACAGCCUGAAGGCUUACCAUGUCAAACACCACUUUGAGCACCAAAGAGCAGGUUUUGGCAUCACCACCACUUUCUGGGACUAUCCCUUUAACACAGUCAUUCCAGAGCAGACAUUUUAAACUCACCCUUUGUUGUCACAAGUGUCCUAUGCAAGGCCGCCCCUCCUCUCAGACUUCCACCAACUGUUGCUUUUCUCAGAGCUCCUGCUCUGCUGCUUUGCCCACAAAAAAACGUGCUCAUCCACGUCAUCAUGGUCAUGAUCAUAGUCAUCGCCAUCAUCAUCAUCAUCAUCAUCAUCAUCAUCAUCAUUUGUCAGUCAGUUUACGAGAGGGCAAAAAAGCCGGGAUAUAUGCAUGUACAAGCAUAUAAUAUGUAAAGGAAUCUAAUUUUAGUGAGAGGUUCAUGACCAUUUUUUACCCCACCAUAUUGUGUAGAUAUUGGUAGAAAGAUUAAGUUAAGUGUGAGAAGGUGUGUGAAGGUAAGGAGGGAGUGAUUGAGCGAGUGAAUGUAUGGUUUUUCGCUGUAGCGUGGAUCUGAAUGGAAGAGAAGGUAAAGCAAUAGGACCCUCAAUGUCCAAGUCACUGCCAGAGAGGAGCUACUCAGGAACAUGCUCUAAAUCCCACCAUGCUUACGCAAGGCUUGUCAGUGUUGUUGCUGUUAUAUGGGAAGUUUCCCUCACUGUGCUUUCUGGUUACGUUUUCCCUUCCAAUUUCCUCCUUGUUAUUUUUGCUCCCUGUUUUUUUAAUUCAAAAAAUGUGAAUUGUAAUCAAAAACACAAGCUUUUCACACCCAGUGUCUUGUCCCGUUCUUGUUUUUUAGCUCUGGGGAUUCUGUGGAAGCCGGCCUGCUAGUGGACACUGUCGCUUCAUUUUGUACCAUCGUUGUGGGGUUUUAAAAAAAAAAAAAUUAUAUAUAAGAUAUGCCAAGUGAUCUACCAACAGAACAAUAUUUUAUUCAGGGAGCAGCCAUAGCCAUUGACUCCUUGUGUAACCCAUUAUUAAGUACAUAUUCAGAGACAUUAAGCUGUGAUGCUUCUGUAGAGAUGCAAGAAGCAAACAAAGUCCCUUGAGCUUCCUGAUCAGGAAAAGUAGGUGCGUUGUCAUGGCUGCUGAAUAUGAACCCUCGGGGGGUGUGAAGCUGUGUGUUCGGGGAUCUCUUUCGGUAUUUGGGUUGCCUGGCAGGGUGUUUAGAUGAAGUAGACAUUGGCGAGGCAACCCCUUUUCUGGGUUGACGAACAUUAGUGUCUGACCAGGCUGUGAACGAGGAAACCCUGCUCACCAUCUCAGGCUGAUCUCUCGUUGGUUCAUGCUUGUAUCAAUCUCCGACCUGUCCAGAGGUGUUGCUCUCGCUUUGUCUCAUAUUCUGUCCCGAUUUACAAAUGUGUUCGGUGUCUUUGCGUUUCUUUGUGUGUAUUAGCCUCUUGUUGUUUUGUAUUGUACUGGCGUGAAGUCACUACAUGCCUGUCUAGAUUCCAGGAACUUUCUAUUCAGUUCAAAAGGAGACUGUGACCUCACCUGUGGCCUUUAUCUACUGCACAACUACCAUGUCACUGGUGGUAACACGAUUAAAUGUUUUAUCAGUCUCCUCUGUCUGUCCUUGUUGACUUGAUGGUCAAACAUGACAGAGGAAAUGUUGAAUCUGUGUAUUAAAAUGUCCCCAAUGUGCUAUAAAGGGCAUUCCCUACCUCCCUAUUCCUUCCUACACUCAAAUCAUGUAAUUAUUCAGAGGGAUGUCAAGAGGUGGGAAAAUGUUGAACUGAGGUUAGGGAUGUUUUGAUUGGGCUAUACAGCUCAAAUAUGAUAUCUUUUUUCUGGAAGCAUGAAUGUUGAUUAUUAAGUAGCCAUGCCAUGGCACCUUCCUGUCUCUGAUGAAAUAGGUCACGCUGAGGGCGUCAAAUACCCAGUGGUACCUGUAAACAAAGUUUAAAGGUUUCAUUCAGAGAAACAAAUCUUUAAAUGAAAAGCUAAAAAAAAGAUUCCUCUAAUACAAAUGAAAACUCUGUUUACUACUAUAUAUUUUUAUGUUGCAAAUUUCUAUGCAAAUGUACUUGUAAAUAAAUGUGUGUAUAUUUCUGAUGAAGAAGA